AUGGACAACUUGAAGGCCAGGUACAACAAAAGCCCACUCAGAGGAGAUAUAUACAGCCUAAGCGAGCUGAAGAUCAUCCUUGAUGAUGUAGUUCGUGACUUCAUGGAAAAUGUUAAGAACUCAAAACAGUCUAAGGUUUCCACAGAUAUUAAAAUAGUGAUAGGAUUGAUAUCAACGGCAAUUGCCCUUGUAGUUGCAUAUCUUUCCACCACGUCAGAGUUUGAACACCACAGGAAUAUCAUAGCCCCGCUAACUUUGUUCUAUUUCAUAAUCAAUCUUCUUGGAGAAAUCUACUUCCGAUAUGUAGGCUCUUCCAUGGUAUUUGAAGACAGAGUCGUCUCAACAAACAUCAGCGCACCAGACCCUACAUAUGUGUUACUCGUGUAUAACAAAAACAAGCUCAUCCCAAGCAAGUAUACAAAGUCUGUGUUCGAUUUGUUUGACUCCAAUGGAAGGCUUGUGCACGAGGAAUUCCUUGACGAUCUUCAAGGCCUUUUUGAAAAGUAA